UUCUCCGACGAGCAGCUGGUGACCAUGUCGGUGCGAGAGCUGAACCGGCAGCUGCGCGGGGUCAGCAAGGAGGAGGUGAUCCGGCUGAAGCAGAAGAGGCGGACCCUUAAAAACCGCGGCUAUGCCCAGUCCUGCCGCUUCAAGAGAGUGCAGCAGAGACACGUCCUGGAAUCCGAGAAGAACCAGCUACUGCAGCAGGUCGACCACCUCAAGCAGGAGAUCUCAAGGCUGGUGCGCGAGAGGGACGCGUACAAGGAGAAAUACGAGAAGUUGGUGAGCAGUGGUUUUCGAGAAAACGGCUCGAGCAGCGACAACCCGUCCUCUCCCGAGUUUUUCAU